AUGAAUAUGAGAGAGAGAAACCCAAAAAAUUCAAGUUUCUUCAAUCAAGGCAACAAGACUAGAUCUGAAAGAAGAGAAAGAGCUGAUCUCGGCACUGGGGUCUCUGUCAGAGAAGAGUACGAAUGCGCCGCCACACGGUUGGAAACGGCAAAAGUGCAUGACUUCGGGAGGCGUGUGAUAGCACGGAACAGGUUAACCUUUUUUCGUAACAAUGAUAUCAGAGGGCCUUGCAGUGAACCCAGUGUCUCAAGUUUGAAACUCGUGGAGGAACGUGCUCCUACCAAGGAGGAGUUCCGAUUUCACGAGGCUGCCAGAACAGGAAAGUUCCAGCAGUUUCAAGCCCAGCAAUUUGUAAUCAUCGAAAAAAUUUUGGGCUCUGAACGUUCCAGCUGGAACAAUUAUUUUAGUACACCUAUAUUCUCUCGCAACGCACCCUUUUCUUUCAUUUUUCCUUCUCUUUUCAAGAUUUUCGUACUCUUCAAUCUAUCUGCUUUCUUUCGAUCAGGGUUUCCCCUCGUCUCCGAGCUCGUUUCGUUCUCGAAGAAUCGAUCUGCGAUAAUGACUCGCGGUAACCAGAGGGAACGUGAUCGUGAAAGGGCUCAGUCAAGAAGCGGUGCUAAAGGCAAGCAGAAAGCUGAUGGGUUGACCCCUGAACAGCGCAGGGAAAGAGAUGCAAAGGCGCUGCAGGAGAAGGCGGCAAAGAAAGCAGCACAGGAUGCAGGAGGCAAUAAUGCAGGUGGAAGCAAAAAAUAGGCCAUAAUUCAAUGACUGGUUUGAGAUUUGAUGUCUUGGUUGUAGACAUGGAAUGUAUUGAAAUUUUAUGUCUAAUUAUUUGUUGUGGAGUAUGAUGUGUUUAGUAAUGUAAGUUGGAAUGAUGAACAAAUAAUCAUUGCUUCUUUCAAAGGUGUUGACGCUGGGGGCUGAAUUAAUACCUGGUAUCUUUGUUUGAAAUAAUGGUAUUUUGGCAAUAAUAUUGUAUUCGCUCCUCUGUCUUGCAUGAGUCGCUAAUGCUGCUUUUGUUAUGA